AUGGAAACGUGGUUUUUGAAUCACGUCCUCGGGCUGUCUCUGUCGCUGCUGCUGCUGCUGGGUCUGCCGCGGCCCCUCGGGGCAGGGACCCCCGCCAGCAACAGCUCGGAUCCCGGAUCCAGCAUCAGUAGCAUUAGCAGCGGCAGUAGCAGCGGUAGCAGCAGCAGCAUCAGUAGUAUUAGCAGCGGCAGCAUCAGUAGCAGCGGCAGCAGCAGUGGCUGGAAGGACUUAGGUAUCACAGACCUGGUGCCCAGCGUCUCCCACCCUGUGUCCUGGAAGGCCAGAUCCUGGACGUUGACAGAGGACGCCAGCCUGCCCCAGGACCACCCAGACACCACUCUGCGGCUGCGAGACGCCACAGCCUUGGCGUCGCAGACAGCCAUCCACACCGACCGCACCUACACUUCCUCGGCCAACAGCCGAGGAAGGGAGAGGACCCUGCUGUCCGUCACCUCCUCCUCUAACAACAGCACCUCCUCUGCAUUCACAGAGGAUUCCAACUCCCAUCAGCCCCCCUCUACCUGGGGUGUUCCGGCUCGGGCCACAGAGACUGAGGACUACACCCACAGCGCCCCAUCCACUCGGACUGACAGCAGGGACGCAACAGACGAACACAUGACCCAGUCCUUCAAGGGGACGUUUUCAGAGACUGGGAGCCCAGAAGGGUCCAGAGGAACCCAGAGUUUAACUCAACCACCAAACGCCACCUGGCAUCAACAAACAUCAGAGUCUGAGGAGACCUCCGACUCGACGCCGCCUCUCAGUGUGACAGAGCUCAGCACUGACCAAUCAGACGUAACAGUUUCCUCCACGCCUCCUGUCACCUCAGCCACAGGAGGUCCGACCAGCAUCUCAGGGACAGAGGUGGAGACGGUAUCUGAUGUGGGAAGCUCCACCGAGGCCUCGCAGAGCUUCAGCACUCUGAACCAGGAGGGCACCGAGGGGCUGUCAUCCCAGACCAGAGAGGAGACUAUGGGCCCGGGUCUGACAACAGCGCCUCCUACAGUCAGAAGCAAUACACAUGAUAUGGAUGACUUUCUGACAGACACUCCAGUGCUGGUUACUGAAGUCUCUCUCAACACUUCACCUGUUACUGUCACAGAAAGAUCACAGAUAACAGAAGAAGAUACUUUUAAAGCCUUCCCCUCCUCCACCAUAUCCACCAGCAGCCCUCCUCUACCAGCGACCUCAUCCUCCCGUUUCAGCAGCACCAGCACCAGCAGCAGCACGACGUCAGAGUUACUCACCGAGGCCACCGUCACUUACACCACACCCCCCACCACAGCCUCCACCCCAGCCCUGCAGACCACAGCAGGGCACACAACUCGCCGUGCGUCAACGAGCCAAACCCAGGGUCCCUCAACAGAGAGUGCUAACCCCACAAAAGGCACCACCCUGCAGAUAGAAACAGGCACUCUGGGAGGUACCACCUCUCACGACCAGUAUGUCACCACGCCCAUCACCCACAGCACCCCGACCAGGAGCACAGAGGUCCUGCACUCCACCGGGAGACCGAGUGAGAGGGGGACCACAGAGCUGGUGGUUACUACGUCACCCACUGACAUCCAACCCACCAAGGCACCGCCACCACCACCACCAAGAAACCCCUGUAUGUCAAACCCUUGUUUGAACGGAGGGAUGUGUGUGAGCUACAAAAGGCAUCAGUUCACCUGUCAAUGUCAGCAGGCGUGGACGGGACCGACCUGCAACCAGGAUAUGGAUGAAUGUGAGAGGGACCCCUGCCCGGUUGGCUCCAGGUGCGUGAACACACGAGGCUCCUUCAGCUGCGAAUGUGCGCUCGGCUUCGACCUCGAGGACGGACGCACCUGCACCAGAGCAAAGACAUUUCUGGGAACGUUCAGCUUCAACAGGCUGCCACAAGACCCUGUAAUCUUGAAGAGCUCCACCAUGCAUGAGAUCCAGAGGGAGAUUAUUCAGCUGCUCAAUGCGUCGUUGUCAGUCCUUCAAGGCUACAGCCGCUCGACUCUGAGUAAGAAAGAAGAGGACGGGCUUCGUAUCUUUGCUGUCAACAUGUUUUCCAUCUCCACCGAUGUGACGAGCGCUGAAGUCUACAACAGCAUCCAGAUGUCUCUGAGCAACUGCAGCUCUUCCAUGGCGCACUGCCGUAUGGUCCUGAACCGCCAAUUCACUUAUACCGUGGAGAGUCUGUGUGUGGCUCAGAAGGCUCAGUGUGACACCGAGCGCUCCACGUGCACAGACAGCGGAGGCACAGCGUACUGCCAGUGUCUUCAAGGAUACUACAAACACAAUCCUGAGGACUUGUCCUGUCUCGAUUGUGGGGAUGGCUACAAGCUGGAAAACGGCACCUGUGUCCUGUGCACGUUUGGAUUUGGAGGAUUCAACUGUGGAAAUUUUUACAAGCUGAUCGCAAUUGUGGUAUCACCUGCAGGGGGCGCUAUGCUCCUCAUCCUCAUCAUCGCUCUCACUGUCACUUGCUGCAGGAAAGAUAAGAAUGACAUUAACAAGAUCAUCUUCAAGAGUGGAGAUCUGCAGAUGUCCCCUUACGCUGACUUCCCCAAAAAUAACCGCAUAUCCAUGGAGUGGGGCCGAGAGACGAUCGAGAUGCAAGAGAACGGCAGCACCAAGAACCUGCUGCAGAUGACUGACAUUUACUAUUCUCCCGCGUUGCGUAACUCGGACCUGGAGAGAAAUGGCCUGUACCCGUUCACAGGUCUGCCGGGCUCUCGCCACUCCUGCAUCUACCCCGCCCAGUGGAACCCCUCCUUCAUUAGUGAUGAUUCACGAAGAAGAGACUACUUCUAACUGCUCCUCCUGAAACACACACACGGAAAACUCACCGUCUCUCAUACUGUGAUGUGUCAUGAUGGUUUUCACAGUGAAGACGCUCGUGUGUUAGCUUCACUGUUUUUAAAAACCCAUUUGACCAUCUGCAUUCAGGGUUGCACAUUAAUUAUGUAAAUGUCUGUGUUUGAGUGUGUGAGUGUCUGUGUGUGUGUGUGUGUGUGUGUGUGUGUGUGUGUGUGUGUGUGUGUGUGUGAGAGAAAUACACAUUUUUGCAAGUAAAAGUAAGUUUGUGAUGAAUUCAGUGUUUUUGCAUGUUUUACCUCACUUACUUCAACUUGCAUGUACUUUACAUUACCGCUGUGGCGUUAAAGGUGGUGUCAUGUGUUUUCCUGUCCUCCAGGAAGCCACUGAUUCUCAUUUGUCAAGAAAAACAAUUUUGCAGACCUAUGAAAAAUGCGUAAAUGCACAAUUGAAAGUAAAAGAAAUAGAAAUUUAACUUUGUUUAUCAACUGUGCACAGAAAUAUGUGUGUGAGGAAUCUGGAAAAACACAUUUACAUUCUAUUCAAAACAGCAGUAUUAUAAACUAUAUGUGAUGUGUCCCAAAUAGACCAGAACAUGCAAAAAUAACAUUGAUGAUGUAUGGUCCUUUAAGUGCUGAAAUAUGAAUAUGUGCGUGCCACUGCUGUCGUAUGGAAAUGAUCCGUUUCUUCAUAUUGAUGGAACAUGAUAAUAACAAACCACUGAAGGUUGUAAGUUCAUUUUUACACCAGCGUAACGUGAGGAUCGACUUCCUGAUCUGAUAAUGAUGUUUAUUUAUUCCCUGUAUGUUGAUAUCCUGUAUAUGUAGCUGGUGAACAUCUCAUUCAUACACACUGACUGGAGGGGGAAAAUAUGUUGCUUUAAAUGCGUGUGUGUGUGUGUGUGUGUGCUCGCGUAUGUCCUCUAAGUAUUGAUGAUUGUGUGUGUGUGAGGAAUAAUGAACUGUAUACCAGAAUGUUUUUAAGUGUUUGAAUGUAAAGGUGUAUAAUAAUUAGAUAUUUCUGAUGAAGUGCUAUUUUUAUGUAUUUUUUAUGAUAUGUGUUUUUAUGAUCUGUUGACUCUGGCGUUUUAGUCAGACGUGCUUAUUUAAAUAAAAAAUAUAUCAGAGCAUUUUGUCUCUAAUGAAAUUA